CUAGUAGUAGUAGUAGUAUUUGAAUUUUAAUGUAAUUGUUUUGUACUUUGUACAAAGUAGUGGGGAGAACACUGUAGAGCUUGAGACUAAAAAGAGACUCUUACAAGAUUGCUGCUUUUUCCUUGGAUUUGGAGUGUUGCCUGUCAGUGUGUCUCUAUAUUUUGCCAACUUUAUAAAAAAAUACUGACAUUGGAAUUCUUUGCUAGAUACUCUUUGUAUUUACAAAUAUAAUCCUGAUUUGUCAUUUGGCGACAGAAAUACGGAGUCUUUUAAACCCGUGUAUGUUGCAUUAUUGGGUUUGUGAAGCUCUAACUUCUGUCAUUCUUUCUCAUCUGCUGCUGCUGCUGCUGCAAAGGUCGACUACAUGAAGCACUGCAAUCUUGUGCAGUUUUCCUUAUAAAAGCUAGCUCAUCUUCUUCGCCUUUGGAGUUUUGAGAUUUGAAAUCUGUUUUAGCUCAUUACUCUCUGUCUCACGCACACACAUUCGGAGAUAGACUGCAACCCAUCAUGAGUAGCUUCCAUGCUGAAAGACCCAAGCCAUGGUACGAUUAUACAAGCGCGAAUCCAACACCAUCACAAUCUGGUGGUGGAAGAGGAGGAUAUCAAGAAGUGCCUUGGAAGGGUUUUGGGACUUCAGUAGAUGCUAUAUCUUUUGGUUUUGUGGCUACAGCAAUUCUAGUCUCUAUGUUUAUUAUCAUGGCCAUUUUUGAACAUCUGAUAAGGCCGAAACCGACUUUCUCGUCACCUCAAGAUGCAGCUCAAAGAACCUUCGAAAUGGGUGAAAUGCGAGUUCGGAUUCAUACACUCGAGAAGCUUGGUAAUUCGCAAAAUGCGCCAACAUCAUACUCGCCAGGUUUUUCAGUUCUGAUGCCAGGAGAACAUUGCCCGACAUUCAUUGCCCAGCCUGCUCCCCUUCCUUGCCCUAGAGAAGAGAUAUACUGGCCUUCACAUGGGAAUGCUUUUGUUGUUGCUCCUUAGCUAUCAUUCUAACAUAGUAGUAUUAUAUUAUAUGCACAUAAAUACCUGUUUAACGCAAUGUAGCUUUUAAUGGAAUUCCAGCUUGUCUCUCAUGUAAACAACAAAAUGUAGUUCAUCCAGCUUUAUUAGGUAUCUGGAAUUAUCUACCUACUUGGCUGAGGCCCUUUUUCCAUGCUGUGAAUUGUGAUAAUAUAACACUCUA